UCUUGAGUCCGUGUAUAUAUUUCAUCUCUAUGUGGUGUUUCUCUGAUGCCCAUUCGGAAGUGUCAGUUUGAAUUUCUUGAGGUAUUGUGUUUGCAAAUGAACAGAUGUUACCAAAUCUGGUCUGCCUGUUACCUCUUAUAUGUAUAGUGCUUUUGUAAAUAUAUGGGGUCUGUGUUAGACCUGAUUGUCCUGCACCUAGAAGCAUUGCUAGCUAAAUUGAGUUUCGGCUCUAAUCAUCGCUAGGAAGUUUCUUCCCUGCUUUUGGUCUCAAGGUUGAGCUUCAGCACAAUACGGGUCCUUCAGUAACUCAGCCUUCCCUAAUUAGAUUUAUGGCUUAUUCGAUAGAACCAUCAUCAUCUUUGAGCUUCACUUCAUCUUCCCAUUUAUCCAAUAACUCUGUCAGCAACAACCCAUCGGGUCCUGGUAGCUCUGAGACGGGGCAUAGCCUUGAUGUCAUCAGCCUUGGCAAACUCAGCUCUAGUUUGGAGAGGCUUCUUUCUGAUUCCACUCCUGAUUAUAGUGAUGCUGAUAUUGUUGUUGAGAACAUCUCGGUCGGUGUUCAUCGAUGCAUUUUGGCUGCCCGGAGUGACUUCUUCAAUGACCUUUUCAAGCAAGAGAUGGGAUCCGAUGAGAAGGAGAGUAAACCAAAGUAUUACAUGGACCAUCUUUUGCCUUAUGGCAAGGUCGGAUAUGAAGCCUUUCUGAUUUUCUUGAGCUAUGUGUACACGGGAAAGCUGAAGUGUUCUCCGGUGGAGGUUUCUACUUGCGUCGAUAAUACGUGUAACCAUGAUGCAUGUAGGCCGGCUAUCAAUUUUGCAGUGGAGUUGAUGUAUGCCUCAUAUAUCUUUCAGAUCCGGGAGCUGGUUUCCCUCCUCCAUCGGCAUCUUGUUAACUUUGUUGGGAAGGCUCGAUCGGAAGACAUCAUCCCAAUCCUUACCGUUGCUUUCCACUGUGAAUUGAAUCAACUUGUGAUGCAAUGUGUUGAUAGAGUGGCUCGAUCUGAUCUUGACAACAUCUCUCUUGAGAAAGAGCUUCCCCGUAAGGUUGCAGAAGAGAUUAAAUUGCUCCGUCUCAAGUCUCAACCUAAAGAUGAAACUGACUUGGAAAUUCCGGACCCCUUGCAUGAGAAGAGAAUAAAGAGAAUUCACAAAGCCUUAGACUCCGAUGAUAUUGAGCUUGUCACGCUUCUCUUGAGCGAGUCCAAUAUCACCUUAGAUGAAGCCUAUGGCUUACAUUAUGCUGCAGCUUACUGUGACGCCAAGGUUGUUUCUGAGUUGCUUGGUAUGGGCUUGGCUAAUGUCAACCUUCGAAACCCAAGGGGAUACACCGUGCUUCAUGUUGCUGCAAUGAGGAAGGAACCCAAAAUAAUAGUCUCAUUAUUGUCAAAAGGCGCUUGUGCGCCGGAAUUGACAAUUGAUGGGCAGAGUGCUGUCAGCAUCUGCCGAAGGUUGACGAGGCCUAAGGAUUAUCAUGCUAAAACAGAGCAGUGCCAGGAAGCAAACAAGGACAGGCUAUGCAUAGAUGUACUGGAGAGGGAAAUGCGGAGGAAUCCAUUGGCAGGAGAUGCUUCUGUAUCGUCUCCUAUGGUAUUUGAUGAUCUACACAUGAAGCUGUUGUAUCUGGAAAACAGAGUUGCAUUUGCAAGACUGUUCUUCCCAACUGAGGCUAAAUUAGCUAUGGACAUUGCUCAUGCUGAGAUGACAGCUGAGUUUGCUGGUCUUUCUGCAAGAAAAGGUUCAAGUGGAAAUCUGAGGGAGGUUGAUCUGAAUGAGACCCCCAUAGAUCAAAACAAGAGACUGAGAUCCCGAAUGGAAGCCCUCCAAAAAACAGUGGAAAUGGGUAGGCGCUACUUUCCUAAUUGCUCGGAGGUUCUCGAUAAGUUCAUGGAGGAUGAUCUGCCCGACCUGUGUUACCUCGAGAAGGGCACACCCGAUGAGCAGAGAAUAAAGACGAGAAGGUUCAUGGAACUCAAGGAAGAUGUCCAGAAGGCCUUCUCUAAGGACAAGGCGGUAAUGAGCCGGUCAGGGCUCUCAUCUUCCUCGUCCUCAUCAUCCUUAAAAGAAAAUCAAAGAAUUAGAAGACCGUGAAGACAUAAACGAAGCAAUAUGGAAUAAACCAACCUAUUUGAAGGGUAACUGGUUUUACUUUUUUUAAGGUAAGGAAGCAAAAAUUUUGGCUUCUGUCCUCAAUUUGUUGAGCUGACAAAAUUAUAUAUUCAGAUGUUCAUAGGAUGUUUUGGUAUUUGUUGGAGAUGUUUUUGUCUUUCUUUUAGGUCUCCACCUGUUGAUGCUACCCAACAAAGGGAUUUGAAUUGCAUUUUUGUACAGUUGCAAUCAGUCUGUUCAGCAAAUAUUACACUUUCAACAGAUCACAAUCCAUGUUUUGCUUUUAAUUUUU